UACGUUUUGCAACAUGCUGCUGUCUUAUCCCCCACAGGCAGCCUUAUUUAUUCACCCCACCCAUUCUUCUGGCCCCUUUUCCAGAAGGUGAAAGUCGAAGCCGAAAGAAAGAGAAGUGGAUCCUUUCCAAGUGCUUUGAGUUCCGCAGUGGCUCAGGUUCUCCCUGAGUUGUAGCAGUGGCAUGGCUGUGCUAAGGAGCUUUUAUUAAACGUGAUUGGAGGCCUUUGGCAGGAUACAAACAGCUCGACUCUCAACAACACCAGGGAAAGGACUCGUGCGUUGAAAGCUAAGGGUAACACAGCUGCACCGGCCCAGCAGCCAGCAUGGAUCAGGGUCUGCGUGGAGAUGUACAGGUGGAGCGCAUCCUCGUGUAUUCCUUUCUGAAGAACUGUCACAACUGUGAUUUCAGCAAAGAGCUGGAUUCUCUGAGAAACCAGGUGAUGGUUUCCUCACCAAAAGACUUCCUCUGUGCUGAGUUUGAUGAUGGGGAGCUUCAGACAGAUGGGAAUCGGAGUGGCCGGUUCCAGAAUGGUGAGCCGGGUUCUGUUGUUGAUGAGGACGUUUUCCAGCUCAUCGGCGCUCAGCUUGCUGAGAUCGGGGACCAAGUGGCUAGGGAGAUCGAUCAGAGAGUAGUAAAUGAUCUAGUGCUGCAAUUUGUGAAUGAGAAUCUGUCCAGAGAGGAGAUAAUGAGGCGUCUGUCUAAUACAGUGGAGGGGCUCAUGAGAACCGUACCUUUGGGAAUGGAGCAGGAGAAAGCCAUGUUGGUGCUAGCAAUGGUUUUAGCCAGAACAGUAGCAAACAAAAUGCCAUCCCUUCUACACCGUGUCUUUAACACCACUGUGAAUUACAUCAACCAGAACCUCCACAAUUACGUCGUCAACCUGAGAGUUGAAUGAGAGCGGAGCCAGUCCCAUUGACUUCUGUGGAGAAGAUGCCUUUCUGAGUAUUUACUUUAAAUGUUAAAAUGUUGCUUUUUUCCCCCCCUUGUUUAAAUUCUUUGCAAUGCAGCUGGGAAGAGGGAAACAACCCCUUAGUUAUGUUUUAGGUUUUUCAGAGAUCAGUUCAGGAGAAAUGUUCAAGCCGUGCGAUUGUUCAGAGAGACAUGUAGGAGUAUUGCUUGCCUGUUACUUUCAUCUACUAAAUAUUGAAUGUGACUUGGUGCAGGCCUGUAUGACUUAAGCAGAAGUGCCAGUUGGCAGUGCACUCAGGUGUGUUUACUGAAACUUUAGCUCAUUAUUCCAUGCACUGCGGAUAGGGUGUGUCUUCCCUGCAGGGUUAAUGCAUGAGAUCAGCAGUGGCAUUAGCCUAGCCCAGCUGUGAGCAGCCACACUGCACACCCCUACUUCAAAGCUGUGCUUUCAUGUCUGUAGGGCUCGGUCUUCUGGAGACACAGCCUAUGGUUCUUUUGUGCUGCAGUCAGCGGAGCCCCUCUAGUCUUUCCCACUGAAUUGUCUUUCUGAGCACAUUGUCUAAUACUGGCCCACAGUUUUCCCCUAUCAACUGCAAGUGCUCUAGCCUCACUGCAAAAUGGGUGGGUUAGGUUAGGUUAAUGUCUCUACUGUGCACAUUAUCCUAAAGCAGCCUCUUCUGACAAGCACUCUUCCCCCCCUCCCCCCAUCAUGAUAGGUAAUCCACCUGUCAUAGCAGCAGGAGCUAGGGCAAUGGAAGCCUUCUUCCACUGACCUAGUUGUGUUUACACCUGGGGUAGGGCAACAUAGCUAAAGCAGUCAGAGGGGUGAAUUUUUCACCCCCUGCUCUGUCUGCUAGCCUGGGUUGGAGACAACCGCCUAACUCUGAGUGGUGUGCCUUUAUUUCCAAAGGUAUAGCUUCACUACAGGCUGGGGAGAGCUAUUGUUAAGCCAACUGUAUGCUCAGGGUUUUUUCCCUAGGCACAUCAGACAGGGUUUACUCCCCCACUACUCUCCCCAAAUUAUUCUUUUGAGCCUCUGCACAUGUAAAUCAAAUGACAUCCAAAGUUAUAGAAAAGCAACAGAAUUGAGUGAUGUGAUCAGGUCAGAAAACAUUCAUCUGGGCAUACUUGAGCAUAACACACACUAGCUUUACUUUCCACUCAAUAGAUCCCUUCCUGUAGUCAAUGACUAAGAGGCUGGCACCCUUGAUCAUCUCUCAGCAUUAACUCGUGCCUGGUGGGCCUACCAGGAAUGUUGUCUCACUGUGACAGUUUACAUGAACUAAACUCUGAGUUACUGUUUCUCACAUUACCUGUAAAUAUUUUAUACUUUAAUAAAAUUGUAAAUGCAA